UUUCACAGCCACAGGCCGAUGUUUGAGGAGGGGGAUCACUUUUCCUGUCAUCGCCUCAGUUUGAUUUAGAUGUCCGUGGAAUGGCGCAGCGCAUCGCUCUGUGCGCCCGGCGGGCUUUGUGCACGCAGCAGAGAAUAGGAAAUCGCUUUUUUUUUGGUGACGUUUUGAACAGAAAGGAGAAGAUCUAAAUCAAUUAUCAGCAUUUUAUCCUUUCUGUGACGAGUGUUCUACCUGGCGGCGCUGUGGAUGUGAUGAGCCAAAAAUGUUUCUGCAGUUUUCCUGGCAGCGCGCCUGUGGCUCGGGUUGUUUGUCUGCUCCAGACUCCAGGGCGCACCGAUCCUCCGUGAACACAGAACAAAUGACUUCUGGGAGUAAAGCUUAAAAAACAAAACGAACUUCCUACUGCUAUCUGAUCAGAAAGAAGAGGGAACACGACGAAGCGGUCUAAGCUGCGCGCUACGUGGCACAACAAAACGCAGCGAUGCGGUGUCGGAUCUGCGUCCUGAUUUCGCUGCUGCUGCUGGUGGUUCUGGUGCCAGCCUGGCUGGCAGAGACGGCACGGGUUCGGAAGAAAACCACCAGAACCCGGCCUUGUCUGGACCUGCCGGAGGAGAUUUUGGAGCAGAUGUUCGGGCGGCUCUCGGUGGGAGUGAUGAGCGCCUUCCACCACGCUCUGCAGCUGGAGCCCCGGGACAAACUCAACCUCACCUGCCCGACCGCGACACCGAGCCCGGCGGACACCAAGACCCGCCUCCCGGUCAACCUGCGGAGCAUCUCCCCCUGGGCCUACAGGAUCUCGUACGACCCGAACAGAUACCCCCGCUACAUCCCGGAGGCCUACUGCCUGUGUAAGGGCUGCCUGGUCGGGCCGUACGGAGGGCAGAGCCAGCAGUACCGCAGCGCCCCAGUCUUCGCUCCCUCCGUCAUCCUGCGGAGAACGGGCUCCUGUGCUGGCGGACGCCACUCCUACACCGAGAUCUACGUCUCCGUGGCCGUGGGGUGCACCUGCGUGCCGCUGAUGGAGAAGGAGCGAGACGGCCAGAGCAGCAACAAGAGCGUGGAGGGAGGAAAGCCCAAAACCAGACAGAUGUUCUCUACUGGGAAGAAGUCAUAAAGGAGACGGGGGGGGGCAUAUGACCUUUGACACACGGACAGACAGCUUCGGUUAAACAAAAGCUGAAUUUGAACAAUUGGACUCGAAAAUUAUACACCCAGGAAGACUUUAUUUAUAAAUUCAAGAAACAACUGGACGUAAGUGGUUGCAACAGAUUUUAAUUUGAAGUAAUAAUAAGAGUAAAGAGGCUGAACAUUAAAAUGAUAAAAAAUACAUAUAUUUAUCAUUUUCUUUUUGCUAGAGCUCUGUAUAAAUUUUGUUUUGCAUGUCCCAAUUUCGCAAAAAUCCACCAAUCUAUCAAUUAUCUUCUUAAUCUGGGUCUCCAGGAUUUUUUAACAUGAUUUUCCGCGACCGAUGCUGCCAUCUACUGGUCGGGAAAGUAGCUACAGUUCAGCUGCCGAGUUUUAUUUAACCGGAAAAAACACACCAAGGUUUUAUUAAAGCAUUACCACAGAAUAUUGUCUCCUUCAGUUUGUUGUCUUUCUGCCUCUUAAACCAAAAUUUAAGAGGCUUAAUUUAAUAACUCGUGUCCACGACUUAAUGACUAGUGGGAACGACUUGUUCCAAUUUGUGGGCACGACGUAAUUACAAGUCGUGACCACAGGUUUUUUUUCUCUCUCCCGUGUCUCCCAUUUGUAGGGUUCCCUCCUCUACUCUGUUACUACUAAUAUAAAAACCUCUGGAAACCAAGACGCGCCGGACCCCUGCUUUUGAAACAUUAUCCUGGUAAACCGUCUUCCACUUUUUAUCGCGGCAACGUUUUUAUAAAGCUCAGUCAUCAUUUUAUUAGGGAAGCGAUUCGAUUUGAUUCCGAUUUUCAGGGUCACGGUUUGAUUAAAAGACAAUUUUCGAUUAAGAAACCAAUUUCUACUUUACAGUCUAGAGAUUCUGUUUGAAUUAUGAGGCUGACAAGAGGGUAAAAAAAAUUAAAACAAUUUAAACUUUAAAACAAUUGUAUAUGCUAAAAAAUAGGCUUGUGCAUAAUAUUGUGUAACUUAAAUUACUAUUACUAAAUCAGCUUAGCUGUCUUGCUUUUUCCUAAAUAAUAAAAAAAGGAAUUAUUAAAAUAUAAUUUAAAAAAAAAAAGAGAGAUACUAAAAUCGUUUGUGAGCAUUUUUGAACAGAAUCACUUUCUUCCUUCACCCCACAUUUGUUUAGAGCAGUUCAUUCCUCAACUCAAACACACAGAAACAUCCAGUUAUGUUUUAAAUUCAUAUUUACUCACACAAAACUUAUUGGUAUCAAUGCUGAAUUAGUGCGUAAUGGGG